UCGACGUGAAUUCAAAAAGAAGCGAAAAAGUAAUGUUAUAGUCUCUCAACUGUCACCGUCCAGCUGGACUGUACAAGUGGUCGGGAAGAUAUAAUUGUUUACAGACUUCAGAUAAGCAAAAUAUAUUGAAGAACGGCCAUGGCGCUCACCGACGCUGAUGUACAGAAACAGAUCAAGCACAUGAUGGCCUUCAUUGAGCAAGAGGCCAAAGAGAAAGUUGAAGAAAUUGAAGCUAAGGCCGAGGAAGAGUUCAACAUCGAGAAAGGUCGCCUGGUGCAGACUCAGCGGGUGAAAAUCAUGGAAUACUAUGAGAAGAAAGAGAAGCAGAUUGAACAGCAUAAGAAAAUCCAGAUGUCCAACCUGAUGAACCAGGCGAGGCUGAAGGUGUUGAAGGCCCGUGACGACAUGAUCACGGAUUUGUUGAAUGAGGCCCGUCAAAGACUUGCAGAAAUUUCCAAGGACCCUGCUAGGUACUCCGCCCUAUUGGAGGGCCUGGUGCUUCAGGGAUUCUAUCAACUGCUGGAACCUAAAGUUACCAUUCGCUGCCGACAGCAGGAUGUAGAAAUGGUUCAGGCUGCAGUCAAUAAGAACAUCCCUAUCUACAAAGAGGCAGUAAAGAGCAACAUAGUCGUCAGAAUCGACCAGGAACGUUUUCUUCCAUCAAGCAUUUGCGGAGGAGUUGAAGUAUAUAAUGAUAAUGGGAAGAUCAAGGUUUCCAACACUUUGGAGAGCAGGAUAGAACUCAUGGCACAACAGAUGAUGCCUGAGAUCAGAGUGAACUUGUUUGGUGCCAACCCCAACCGCAGGUUCACGGAUUAACAGUGGAUUUGAGGGCAGAAGUGCGAUCAUGGGUGGAGUGUGCAAAGUGACCACAGCCCAUUAUCAAGGGUCAUGGAAAACCCUGAUUUACUGAAUGGGAUGCUGCAGAUGUGCUCAAACACCUUUUUAUUUGUUGUUAUUUUCGUUUCUUUUUGUACUUUUGUUGAAAUGCCAUCUUAUUUUAUUCUCCAGGGGUUGUCUAAAGGACUGCUUUGAAUGGCAUUGUCAUUGAAAAUACUUGAUUAAUGUAAUCAAAGCUACACCAAAGAUACAUACUCACAUACUUAGUCUACAGUUUUUGUAGACAGCAGUCUGUACUAAGAUUGAUUGUCUGAUAUGUUUGCCAAACGUGUUAUUCAAUAGUUUGAUUGUGUCUGUGCAUACAGACAGCAAAAGCCAUUACCAUCGUUGUGAAAUACUGAACAUACAACAGCCAAAGAAAUAAAUGUG